AUGCGAGACCGCGGAAGCAGCUUUAGGGACCGAGACAGAGUUAGGUACUUAGCGGAGGGCGACGCGGAGGGCGACUUACCUCUAAUGUCUCCUUCUAAGGAGCGCGCCGUGAGUCGCUGGGUGGAAGAUUCACUAUGCGAGUUAGAAGGUGGUGAGCUGGGGGAUGGUAUAGAUUCCCCGGGAAAGGAUUCGUCUUCUUCGUCCUCCCGCCGCCGCGCGUCCGGCUCGCGGCGCGACGAGUACGGCGCGGACGGGGAUUACGACGAGCGAUCGAGCGGCAGCGGAAGGCGCGUGAAUCCGCGCGAGCGAGACGGGGGAGGGGGGUAUGAAGGCUCCCCGCGCACGCCCCCCCCGCGGUCGGCGUCCCGCGGCGGGGGGCGGAACGCGGACGAGGCGGUCACUCCGGGGAGGUCCCACCUCAGGCCGGUGGAUUCCGCCGGCCGCCCGCCCUCCCGCGGAGGGCCGGGGAGCCUUGAUCCGUCGCUGAGCGGGCGCGCGCGGAGCUUCGGGCGGCGCAGCUCGGCGGAAGGCGGAGCGGAAUUGCGCCCGCGCACGCCGUCCGGAGCGGAGCUGCUCGCGCGGCCGGGGACGGCGGAGGGGAGGCGCCCGCGGACGGCGGACGUGAACUCCGCGUAUGGGCGCCCGGGCGUCCCGCGGAGCAUGUCCACCGCGGAAGCCGCACUGGCGGGGCCGGGGGGGUCCCUGAAGGAGCACGACCGGGGGGGGGAUGGCGGAAGGAUGCGCACAGUCCCCCGCUCCGCCUCCGAAGUUAUGCCUGAGGACCUGGGCGGAGGCGGAGGGGGCGGGGGCGGCGCGCGCAGGGCACCUCUGAGAUCCCCCAGUGGUAGUCUGCGGUCUAACUCGGUAUCUAAAGACUAUGAGGAUGAACGGGGCUGGAGCGGGGGCGGCGGGGGACAUGGGAGCCAGGACCGUCCGUAUACCUCGCAUGGGUAUGGGCGGCGGAGGGAGGAGUACGGGGGAGACGAGAGGGGGGGCGGAGGAGGGAGAUACGAAGGGGAGAAUCAUUUGAACGAGGAGCAUAGGCGAUUAGCUAUGGAGCUUGAGAGAGAAAGGGAGGAGAGGAGGAAGCUACAGGAGGAGUUGAAGAGAAUGGAGAGGGAGGUUAAGGAGAAGGAUGAUAGGAAGAGGACGGAUAAGGAGAGGAGGACGAUGGAGAAGGAGAGAUUAGUUGCUGACGUGGCGGCUUUGAAGCUGCCCGUGGACCGGAUUGCAGUGGAGGAAAAGAAACCUGCCCGGAGAGGAAUCUUCUCGGUGUUUUCCAGCCGCCCAAAAACGCCAGAUGUGGACAAAGCGGCGGGUGUAGCGCAGGGGAACACUGUAGCAGUGGUCCCGCAACCAUCACCAGGGGCUAGGCCAGUCACACCGGAAGGGUUACAAGCCAGGCUGACCAGAAAAAACAGAGAGGUGAUUCGGGCAGCAAGAAAAGAAGCGGCAACAGCGGGAGGAGGGGGUGGGGGAGGGGGGGGAGUCGGGGGAGGCGGAGGGGGAGGGGGAGGGAGCGCGGAUCAGGGGGGGAGUGUGAAUAUAUUGAAGCGGCCUUUAGCGGAUGUUAAGGAGGCUUAUAAGGUGGAUAAAAACGAGCUGGGUCGAGGGAGGUUUGGGGUGAUCCGGGGGUGCAUGUGCCGCGUUUCUGGGGAGCGAUUCGCGUGCAAGUCCAUCAGCAAAAGCAUGCUGCAGGUAUGUGGGGUGUUGGGAAGGGGGAUGCAGUUUGAAGUUCCAUGCGCGGCUGUGUGUGAGCAGGGAGUGCAGGGGCUUGAGCGAUUCACGUGCAAGUCCAUCAGCAAAAGCAUGCUGCAGGUGUGUGGAGUGUUGGGGGGGGUUGGUGGGGAGGGGAGAAUAGAGGAGAAGAGAGAACAAGGGAAUGCUGCAGGUGUGUGGAGUGUUGGGGGAGGGGGAAAUGGGGAGGGGGAUAAAGGGAGAGGGGAAGAGGGAAAUGGGGAGGGGGAUAAAGGGAGAGGGGAAGAGGGAAAUGGGGAGGGGGAGAGGCGGAGAGAGUCAGGGGGAGGUGGAGGAGGGGGUGGGGGGAGGGGGAGGGGGAGGGGGAGAGGGGAAGGGGGACAGGGAGAAGGGGAGAGGGAAAGGGGGAUAAGGGGAGGGGAGAGGCGGAGAGGGGAAGGAGGACAGGGAGAGGGGGAUGAAAGCUUGCGGGAGAAAGAGGACACGAGGAGGGGGAUAGUAUGCCAGCAGGACAUAGAGGAUGUGCGGCGGGAGGUGGCGUGCCAGCAGGACAUAGAGGACGUGCGAAGGGAGGUGGCGGUGAUGGAGAUGCUCAAGGGGCAUCCCAGCAUCGUCAACCUGCGCAACGCGUUUGAGGACGCACAGGACGUGCAUCUGAUCAUGGAGCUGUGCGAGGGGGGCGAGCUCUUUGACCGCAUCAAGCUGCGGGGAAAGUUCCCGGAAGCCGACGCGGCGAGGGUGAUUCGCACGGUGGUGCUGGUGCUGCGGCACUGCCACGGGGCCGGCAUCAUGCACCGCGAUCUCAAGCCAGAAAAUAUUCUGCUGGUUUCAAACAACAGUGAUACGGACCUCAAAGUCAUUGACUGGGGUGUUGCUACCUUCUUUCAGAAAGGCAAGCCCUGCACAGACAUGGCAGGCAGCCCCUAUUAUCUCGCUCCAGAGGUUCUCGCCGAGAAAUACGGCCCAGAGGCGGACAUCUGGAGUGCGGGGGUGGUGCUGUACAUCCUGCUGUGCGGCCUGCCGCCCUUCUGGGGCACAACCAACGAUGCCAUCUUUGAGGCCAUCAAGCAGGCCACUCUGAACCUCGUGAGGCCUCCGUGGCCAUCGAUCUCAGACGAGGCCAAGGAUCUUGUGGUCAGGAUGCUCACGCGGAACCCCAAGAAGAGGAUUACUGCUGAAGAGAUUCUUGAUCACCCGUGGAUUCGCGCCAACACCAGCUGA